AUGGCACUUCUAGACGGCGGCACACUUACCCUGUGGUCGGUAUUUGGCCUUCAUGUCGUCAUAGAUAUGUAUACCGAGCUCGGCGCAGACAUCACGAAGCCCACGAAUGACUUGCGGGCAUUCCUCAAGCCGGCCAUCAAGUCUAUAUGUGACGUUCAGAUCUGGAUCAAGUCCACCAACCUGAAAGGAAUGCGAAGGGGCAAUGAUGAAGACCAAGCGUUGCUUGCACUGCAGAGUUUGCUCACGGCGUGGGAGUCGGAACUAUCCAGUCCCUGGAGCUCCAAGCGCUCCGAGCUGGAAAACCCGGGGGUGUCAUUACCAAAGAGCCAUUUUUCUUCCUUCGCCGGCAACCACUUCUCUGGGAGAUUCUGCGAGGGAUCUGGGCGACAUGAACUGACAGAGGCCGACGUGGGCAGCAUCAUCGAAGCAGCAGGCCGGGAUACAGGAACACCCUUGAGCACAGCUGAGCACAUAGCUUCUUUGGCAGCUACAAUCGACAGCGAGACUAUCUCAUUGAAGCUCAAUUACCUCGCCACGCAUCUAGCUUGCACCAAGAUGCUGGAGCUCGUCAUGCGAGCUGCUAGCGGAGACGUUGUCGGGGCAGACACUGACACCUAG